AUGGAAUACACCAGGUUCUCAAUUCUACCCAUCACAGCCACGAUUCGACGUCGACUCCCUCGGCUCUACUCGUCUCACAGGGCUGACGCCGAAAAUAAAUCGGGCCCGGAUCGGCACGGACUGGCAUCUCUUUCUGAGCCACAAAUGUUUUUCCGUGGCCAGUCAACAGAACAAAUUGUAUCUGAGGUGCAAAGACCGUCAACGGGUGAUAGUCUGGAUUCUUUUGCAUCUAGAUCUGGGUCGGAUACCCCGCCGCUUGAGGAGAGUUCGCCUGCCAAGUAUGAGACGGAGUCCGGCUUGCGAUGGAACAGAGUGGUUCCUGCAUAUAAUCUCUUGCGGAAUGCAGGAUAUGAAGCUCAACAAUCCCAAGCUGAUGGCCGUCUGGCACGUUCGCUAUACAUUAAUGCUUUGAUGUAUCUCUUGGAUGCACUCCCUUCGGAUCUUACGGCGGAGGAGACGGCUAUGCUUCAAUAUCGCCUUCCAGAAGUUGUUAAAUCAUCAAUAGCGACAUCCUCGCAGCCGUGCCCUACACAAUUGGAAGACCGCAUGUCUCAAAAGGCUAUAACACCACCCCGAUCAUAUCUUCAUCGACUUCUUGCAUCCAUGAUUGUUCAGAUCUUCCUCUUGGCUCGCUUUCUUUUACCUUAUUUUAGACUUCUGCUGCGCCAAGUAUACGAAUUCGAGCGAUCACACCACAUCACGCAACGAGUUGUUACGGCAACUUUAGAUGCAGCCGAUGGAUUGGGCAAGAAAGGUGUCGACAUCAGUUCCGCCGUCUGCAGACUUAACCAAGGUCGUGUUGGCGUGGCAGUGGCCAAUAUUGCAAGCUGGUGGGUCGAGGAAGUUGCAGGUGGAAUCUAUGAAGGGGUUGGGGAAGGGAUGAUGCACCUUGGCAUAUUGCGACAAGGCCUAGAACUUGAUAGAUUGGCUUUACAGAUUGAUAGACAAGUUGUGCUUUACCAUGUCAACCACCAGGUUACCUUGUGUCCCAUCUCUACGGAAGCAGCAGCUGCACCUGGAGUUCUCAAGCUUGCGAAAUGCCGCACCACCAGGGGUCUACGUGAGCCUUGCGCCCGGCGACCCAACUCUAUGGAGUGGCGACCCUACGCCUCGGCCAUUCUUCGUUUCCAAAUCCGCUUUCCAGACAUCUACCCAGAUCUCCCACCCCUCGUGACCUUUGCAACUGAUGUCUUUCAUCCAUUGAUUGUCCCCCUCACCACAUACACAUUCAGCACCAGCUCCGCAAGCGAUAACCCUGUCAGUGCGACGGACGAUGAACGGUUACCCCCGGGUGGGUUUAGUCUCCGACACGGAUUUCCCCAUUGGUUCGGCCGGGCCAAGCGGAGUGGUAUUGUCUCUGGAGCAUCAUCACGAAAUGUGAGCGAGAAAAGUGCAGUCCUUGUGACAGAAGAAAGAGCCAAACCUAUUUCUCCAUCAGCGGAGGAUGAUGCCACAUCAGACGCCCCUGAGCCGAUAGAAACCGAAGAAGUUGCAGACACAGAGAGUCCCCGCAUUGCCCAAAUCCCUUCCGACGCUCAAUUCGCAGAGGCACGAAAAGUAGUGCCCGUUGCGGAGCUCCUGGAUUAUAUCCGCUCGACAUUCGACAAUGAGUCCGUCCUCGACAGCUUGCCCGUCGAGGUCGCAGGCAACCCAGGAGCAUGGCAUGCGUGGAAAGCACACCGCCGGGGGGGUGAUUCUGGUGACUGGAAAAAGGGAAGUCCGCAGGCUCGGCAACCUGGAGAUUGGCAUUGGGAUGGAAUCUGGGCCAAGCGGGUGCAGGUUGAGAUUGAAGCCAGUCAUUCCGACCCCAUGCUAUUUGGGGGCGCUGCUCGUGGUGGUGGGGAUGAGAUGAUCCGAUUUUCACGGUUAGACGAUGCUACAAUGGGCUCAGUAAAGGAGAGGAUGAAGUCAGUGGUGAAUGUACAUACAGAGCAAUGA